AUGCAAUUCCGCGUCCGAUUCGCUAUUCUUUUCGCUGCCAUCACCAUGGCCGUCGCCCUCCCCGCUGAGGAUACUGAUGCUCUCGUUGCUCGCCAGAGGAAAUGCUGGAGACGAUCCGCUGCCGGUGACGGUGACGUCGAGAUUGCUUGCGAGAAGUGA